AUGUGCGAUGAGACACUUGUUUGUAACGGUGAAAUUAAAACAUUACCAAAUUAUAUUGGAUUUGAAGGAGGACAAGAAGACCAUGACUGUGCUUACAAAGAUAAUACAGUUAGGAUUUAUUACACUAGUAAUUGUUUUGAAGAAGAUGAUGGUUAUUGGAAUUAUGAAAUAUAUAAUAAUUCAAUGACUUUAAAUUCUUAUCCAAAUAAGAACUGUAGUAAAAAUGAAAUAACUGAUCGUGAUCAAGAAUGGAAAUGUAAUGUUUGUAAUGAUGGUACAUGGCAACAAUGUGGUAUUUAUGAUGACGGAUCAAAUACUAAUGGCUUUGUUUCAUUCCUCUCAAUUGCUACUUUCAGUAUUAUUCUUCCAUUUUUACUUUAA